AUGGCACAAUUUUCUUAUAAUUUGCAGAAGAGCGAGUCUACUGGGAGCACACCAUUCGAGCUGGCAACAGGUCAGCAACCCCAAACUCCCCAUUCACUACCAACUUCGUUUGAGGGGAAUAGCUUGGGUGCUUACCAUCUCGCCAAGGGUUGGGAGGAACAACUUUACACUGCCAAGUCUUAUUUGGAUAAGGUAGAAAAAGAGAAUGAAAAAGUUAGCCGACCGCAAGCAUCGUCCCAAGGAUUUCAAGGAAGGCGACAUGGUUUUUGUUAUGUUCAAUCCAAGGUGGGCAAAAUUCUAUACAAGUUGGAGUUGCCUCCACACUUGAAGAUCCACCCGGUCUUUCAUGCAAGCGUCCUUAAGACUUAUCAUGAAGAUAAGGAUGAUCCUAGCCAGAAUAAAUCGCAAUGGGCCCCUAUCACUAUCACUACGUCGCAUGAUCGGGAGAUUGAAGCCAUCAUAGAUUACAAAGCCAAACGGAAACGAGAACAACAAGCCAACUUUAUGUUCCCCGUACAUUGGAAAGGACAGACUCCUGAAGAAGCCACAUGGGAAAAGUACGAAGAUUUGUGGCAGUUCAAGAACAAAUGUCAGUUGUUUUUACAGCGAUGCGUCGCGGUCGUCACAUCAUUAGGUGGGGGAGAUUGUGACAUCCUGCCACAUUUCCAGCCCAACUCGCAGCAGCCUGGUGGAGCAGGCCCAAGUUUGCAGCAUUCUGAGAGGGCAGGUGGCCCAAAGCAGGCAGGCAGUAGCCCAAGCGACCCAAGGGACUUGGAGAGGCUUGCAGCAGACUCUAGGAUGUCCUAG